CCGUUACGUUGCAGCGGAGUUACAGUCUGACACGAGACACGGGCAGAGAAAUUGCAGAGCUGACCACCUCGCACCUCGGCUGAUGGAAGGGACGGAGAUCUUUUUGUACAUCUUCCUCGUCUCGCACUACGUCUUCACCAUCCUCUUCAUCUCGUGGCUUUUCGUCUACGGAGUACCCACAGAACUUACAAACUAUGGAUUGCUUAAUUGAAGGUGGGCCGCCUGAUCCCGUCUGCGCCAGGACAACCGAACAAAAUUAGAGUAAGAGAAGUCGUUAUGGACAGUUGUGCCAAUCGUGCUGCUUUUCCUGCUCAAGGAACUGGUGUAAAAAGCAGACUUUCAGUCUCAGUGUACCACAUCUGCCUGUGCGUAAAGUACGCGGACAGAACAGUUCCAUUGAACGCUGCCUGAAAUACUCCGCGCUAUGUUUUAGUAACCAUGGGAGAAAGCUUUAGUUAGAGUAGCGGGUGUUUUUCAUUGACUGUUGUAUUACUGUCGGCUUUAAUGUGAGACUGGCGGCCAGCUUUUAUUGCGUGCGUACCAAUCGUGCCCUGCACUUGAGCCGCUCCGUUACCACAGGCGAUCCACCGCAACAGGACCUGCAGUCUUUGACAGGCAACAGACCUCACCAACCGCUGUAAAAGGUUUCACAAAAAGUCUUGUAAUUUCAGCUUUUGCUAGAACCAAUUUUUUCUUUUAAAAAAGAAAAAGCUGCAUCCAAGUGCACCUUUGAGCAGAAGUAAGCCAUGGCUUUACCAGACAGUGGCAUAUCUGGGGAGGAGGUACCCUUCCCAGAGAUUAUAGAGCUCAACGUUGGCGGUCAAGUGUACAUAACCCGCUAUUCUACCCUCACAAGUGUGCCAGACUCUCUGUUAGGGGAAAUGUUCAGUCGAAAGUCAGCCAAAGGACUGGCCAGGGAUACCAAGGGUCGCUUCUUUGUGGACCGUGAUGGUUUCCUAUUCCGUUACAUCCUGGACUACAUGCGGGACCAGCAGCUGGUUCUUCCAGACCACUUCCCUGAGCGUGGACGUCUGCAGAGAGAGGCUGAGUUCUUCAACUUGCCAGAACUUGUCAAGCUGCUGGCGCCCAAAAUCAGCAAGCAGAACUCCCUUGGUGAUGAGGGCUGUCAGAGCGACCCAGAGGACUCCUCACCUGGGAUUGACACGGCCCGUAACCUCAGCUCCCUGGGUGCUGCCGCCGCUGCCUGUGCGAGCCUGGUGCCCGGUGCCAUGGACAGCAAACGGUCCGGGUUCAUCACUAUUGGCUACCGAGGCUCAUACACCCUGGGCCGUGACAGCCACACCGAUGCCAAAUUCCGCCGGGUGGCACGGAUAAUGGUGUGUGGGAAAACCUCUUUGGCCAAAGAGGUGUUUGGGGAGACCCUGAACGAGAGCCGUGACCCUGACCGCCCCCCUGAGCGCUACACAUCCCGCUACUAUCUCAAGUUCACCUUUCUGGAGCAGGCUUUUGACAAGCUGGCUGAUGCAGGCUUCCACAUGGUGGCCUGUAAUUCCACAGGAACCUGCGCCUUUGCCCAUGAGCAGACAGACGACAAGAUCUGGACCAGCUACACUGAAUAUGUGUUCUACCGUGAGUGAGACUAUUGGCUUUGUUCCCCUGGUCCCCAACCCUGUCUCCAAGUGCCCCCUCUUCCAGCCUCCAGCCAUCCUGUCCAUCUCUCUCUGAUGGCUCCUGCACCAGUAGAUAACACUGUAGAUGUUGUGCCCUUCCAUGUCUCUCUGCAGCCUCCAGAUUUUAUCCCAUGAACAGUACCCCGCAGCUGCUUUGACUCUUCACACCUUCUUUGCAGGUCUAAUCUGCAGCCUGCCCCCUGAACCCCAGACCCAUUCCCCCCAUCCUCAGGUCUAGCUUUUGCCCUUGCUUAGCUGUAGUCCGCAGUCCUCAACCACAGCAUCCCAACUGCAGCCUCUCCUGCAAAGACUGAUACCUUCAAUGUACUACUUCCCUUUUGUAAUCUUUACAUUGCAUCUGCCUUGGUGAAGCACAAUGCUGUAUCCAAGAACUAAUUUUUGUUAAAUAAGCACCCAGGUAUGUCUAUGUGAGUACUGAACCAGUCACAACAGCAUAAGGGAAAGGGCUUCAAAGAGUGGCUGUGAUGUACAGUGCUAAACUUUGGCUGCAGAUUGGACUCUCUCCUGCUCCUCUGAACUAACUUAACAAAUAAUUGGACAACUUAUCAGCCUUGAGGGACGUGAGCAGCCCCCAGCACAAGAACGAAGCGUAACAUAAAAAAGAAAAAAAAAAAAUCAAAUUUCUCUCUGUUUUUUUAAAAAGAUUAUUAAAUGUGAUCAGCUGUUGUUAUGAAUGAACGAGGGUUGUGAUAACACAGCCACACGGGCAAGGAGAAAUACAUUGAAGUUGUUAUUUUAAAAGGGAAAUAUAGGUUGUGGGUGUGUGGAGUUUCCCUCUCAAGAAGGUGCUGUUUGUGUGGAAAAUGAACAAGCAACAGUCUUAUAUAUAUAUAUAUAUAUAUAUAUAUAUAUAUAUAUAUAUAUAUAUAUAUAUAUAUAUAUAUAUAUAUAUAUAUAUAUAUAUAUAUAUAUAUAUAAAAUAAUAACAACAAC